AUAGUCUCUGAUAGUAGUAUUCCUACAAUUGUCAGCAGACAAGCUAUGGAAACUUAUGCUAAUGAAAUUUCCACAAUUGAAGAUGCUAAAUUGAGAAUGAAGAUUGCCGAGGAAACCAUUGACCUCAUCAGACCUUUGGCUAAUUCUACAUUUUUUGAUGCCAAUAUCACAAUUAGAAAGCAACUCUCUAGAGAUAUUAGAGAAAUUGAUCAAGAUUUUGUCAAGGCAGCCCAACAACUUACACCAAUUGAAUUUGAUGCUGUUUUACAAAAUGAUUCCAAUGCUGGUGUUGCAUUGUGUUUGGAAGUUGCUCAACUUUAUUUGGGUGCAGGUGAAAGUGCCUAUGCCGAAACUUAUGUUAACAAGGUUAGCCACUAUGUAGAUGAAGUUAGUGACAAAAACUUGCAAGUUAUGCACAGUUUUUGUUUUGCUACUCUCUCCGAUUUGAAGAGAGACUUUUUGACAGCUGCUCGUCGUUAUUACAAGACAUCUCACUUGGUUAUUGAAGCUGAACAAUUGUCUGUUUUGAAUAAUGCUGCUGUUUGUGCUAUUUUAGCCAAAGCUGGUCCAGAUCGUUCUCGUGUCUUGGCCACUCUUUUCAAGGAUGAACGUUGUACUCAUUUAGAAUUGUUCUCUGCUUUGGAAAAGAUGUUCUUGGGUAGAAUCCUUCGUCCACACGAAGUUAAGGCUAUUGAAAAACACUUGAAGGAACACCACAAGGCUACUGAUGCUCAAGGAAAGACAACUCUCGAAAGCUCAAUUAUUGAACACAACUUGUUGGCUGCCAGUAAGAUUUAUAACAAUAUUACAUUUGAUGAAUUGGGUACAUUGCUUAGAAUUUCUGCUGCUGAAGCUGAAAAGAUUGCUUCCAAGAUGAUUUCUGAAGAACGUAUGCCUGGUUCAAUUGAUCAAAUUGAUAAUAUUAUUUACUUUGAAAGUGGAGCUGAAAACUUGCAAAUUUGGGACUCUACUAUUAGAUCAACUCUCCAAUCUAUUUCAAGUGUUACUGAUUCAAUUUUGAAGGCCCAAAACGUGUAA